UUUAUUGAAGCUAUGUGUCUUUUACAGCGAGAAAAAUCGCUUACCAGUCGCAGUAUUUCACAAGCAAAUCACGUGAUAUCGGUCCUUUUCCGUCGGGUCCUAGAAGAAGGACAACUUAUUUUAUAGUUGUCUAGGAAAAUCAGACACAAUCCAAGAUGGUGAACUUUACGGUAGACGAGAUUCGUAAUAUUAUGGACAAUAAGUACAAUAUCAGGAACAUGUCCGUAAUUGCCCACGUUGAUCAUGGAAAGUCAACACUGACGGACUCCUUGGUCAGUAAGGCUGGUAUCAUUGCUGGUGCAAAAGCUGGUGAAACCCGAUUUACUGACACAAGGAAAGAUGAGCAGGAGAGAUGCAUUACCAUCAAGUCAACAGCUAUCUCCCUGUAUUACGAACUGGCUAAGGAAGAUCUCCAAUUUAUCAAACAACCUCUUAGCCCUGAUAACGAGAACCAUUUCUUGAUCAACUUGAUCGACUCCCCUGGGCACGUUGAUUUCUCAUCUGAGGUGACAGCUGCCCUCCGUGUAACUGAUGGAGCUCUCGUUGUUGUUGACUGUGUCUCGGGUGUAUCUGUGCAGACAGAAACUGUGUUGAGACAGGCCAUUGCUGAGAGAAUUAAGCCAGUCCUGUUCAUGAACAAGAUGGACCUUGCUCUUCUUACUCUUCAGGUCGAUCAAGAAGAGUUGUACCAAAUCUUCCAGCGGGCUAUUGAGAAUACCAAUGUCAUCAUUGCCACAUAUGAAAGUGGUGACAGCCCUAUGGGUGUCAUUGCUGUUGAUCCUCAAAAUGGAACUGUAGGUUUUGGAUCUGGUCUUCAUGGAUGGGCUUUCACCUUGAAGGAUUUUGCUAAGAUGUACUGUGCAAAGUUCAAGAUUGAAGAGCCUAAAAUGAUGAAAAGACUAUGGGGAGAUAAUUUCUUCAAUGAGAAAGAAAAGAAGUGGACUAAAUCUUGCACUGAUGACAUGACACCCCUGAAAUGCCGUGGUUUUAACAAGUACAUCUUGGUUCCAAUUUACCAGGUGUUCGAUAUCUGCAAGAACUCUGAGGAUGACAACUCUAAGGCAAUUGCUUUUGCUGGCAAACUUGGUGUCAAGUUGACAACUGAAGAGAAGGAUCUUCGUGGCAAAUUUUUGCUCAAAACAAUGAUGAGGAAAUGGCUUCCAGCUGGAGAUGCUUUGCUGCAGAUGAUAGUUAUCCACUUGCCUUCUCCUGUAACAGCCCAGAAAUACAGAACUGAAUUGUUGUAUGAAGGCCCAAUGGAUGAUCCCUGUGCUGUUGCUGUGAAGAACUGCGAUCCAAAAGGAGAGUUGAUGAUGUAUAUCUCUAAAAUGGUUCCCACCUCUGACAAGGGACGUUUCUAUGCUUUUGGACGUGUGUUCUCUGGUACUGUUGGCACUGGCCAGAAGGUGCGCAUUAUGGGCCCCAACUACAAACCAGGCAAGAAAGAAGACUUGUAUGAGAAAAGUAUUCAGAGGACUAUAUUGAUGAUGGGUCGCUACAUUGAGCCAAUUCCAGAUGUACCAUGUGGAAACAUUGCUGGUUUGGUCGGAGUUGAUCAGUUUUUGGUGAAGGGAGGAACUAUCUCCACAUACAAAGAUGCCCACAACAUGAAGGUGAUGAAAUUCUCUGUGAGUCCAGUUGUGAGAGUUGCUGUAGAAUGCAAGAACCCAGCUGAAUUGCCAAAGCUUGUUGAAGGUCUUAAACGUCUCUCCAAAUCAGAUCCUAUGGUGCAGUGUACUAUUGAAGAGUCUGGAGAACACAUCAUAGCUGGUGCAGGUGAAUUACAUUUAGAAAUCUGCUUGAAAGAUCUUGAAGAAGACCACGCUGGCAUUCCAUUGAAGAAAUCUGACCCUGUUGUAUCAUACCGUGAAACUGUCACUGAAGCGUCUUCAAUCAUGUGUCUGUCAAAGUCACCAAACAAACAUAACCGUCUUUUCAUGAAGGCUGAACCUAUUGUUGCACAGUUACAACAAGAUAUUGAUGAUGGUGACGUAACACCAAGGCAAGAAAUGAAAGAGAGAGCUAGAUACUUGGCCGACAAGUAUGACUUUGAUGUGUCAGAAGCAAGAAAGAUCUGGUGUUUUGGUCCAGAAGGUACUGGCCCCAACUUGUUGAUUGAUGUUACAAAGGGAGUGCAGUACCUCAAUGAAAUCAAAGACAGUGUUGUUGCUGGCUUCCAGUGGGCUACUAAAGAGGGUGUCUUGUGUGAUGAAAAUGUACGUGGAGUAAGAUUUAAUAUUCAUGAUGUAACUCUACAUGCCGAUGCUAUCCACAGAGGUGGUGGACAGAUCAUCCCAACAGCAAGAAGAGUAUUGUAUGCCUGUAUGUUGACAGCUGCACCAGCUCUCAUGGAGCCAGUCUACCUAGUAGAAAUCAGAGUACCAACUCAAGCCCAAGGAGGUUGUUUCUCAGUCCUGAACAAGAGACGUGGUGAAAUGCAGGAAAAUUUUGAAUUUAUUGUUGGACAGUCUAUACUUAAGGCUUUCUUGCCUGUAAAUGAAUCUUUUGGUUUCACCACAGAAUUGAGAGCCGCUACAGGAGGUCAAGCUUUCCCACAAUGUGUGUUUGAUCACUGGGAUAAUAUGCAGUGUGGAAAUGCCCUUGACCCUGGCACAAAGGCUGGAGGUAUCGUAGCAGAAAUCAGAAAACGCAAGGGACUUAAAGAACAAGUGCAAGCCCUAGAUAACUUCUUGGAUAAAUUGUAACAUGUUAUGACGUAUAGUGCUAUUUAUUGUUUUCCCGACUUUCCGUAAGCCAGAAUCAUGGACCGAAAUUGACAAAGAAAAAAAUGUUGAAGUAUCUUAAUGACACUCGUCUACUGUUUAAAUGUGCUGAAAUUGUAUAGAAACACCUUUAAAACUGAAAUAUGCUUUGUAAAAUUUGUGCUGCUUGCCAAUGUUGGCAAUGAAACGAAGAAAAAAGUCUGAUAAAUA